GGCCAGCUCUGGUUCUUUCUAUAUUCCUGUCUUCGUGUCUCGUUGGAUUCCGUCUUUUGAUACUACCGCUCUCUAUCACUGUCCUGGGUUGCACUAGCCCCCAACUUCCCUUUCAACACAUCUCGAAUCUUUUCUGGCCUCGCCAUGCUGUGAUACUCCGCCACAGCCACAGCUAUUUAUCGAUACUCUUCUGUCGACUGGCCCAAGGACUUGCCACAUCAAACGGCUGUCUUGCACCACCCUUGGAUGGUUCGAACUACUUGAUCACUUGAGUCAUAUGACCACACCUCUGUUUGAGUGCACGAGGCAUCACGAUACUCUCAGCAACACAAUCUCUUAUUGGCGCCUCUCUCUCUUUGAUUUCGUUCCUCGACGGACAACUCUUUUCUUUUAGCUUCUACACAUUACUAUUCUUUUUCCCCUCUUGAAGAAAGGGAAAAAAAAAGAGGAGUACUUCAAACACGCACCCGGGAAAACGAACAACGAGAUUACCUGGAGAAAUAUACAUAUCGACACCGUUCUCUUUGCUUCCGAGCACUACCCUUCACCAUGACCAACGUUACAGGGAUCAAUCUUUGCCCGGCGCCAUUCAUCGACGCGAGCCUUUUUGGCACUGGAGGCUACGUCGAUGGCCGAUUAUGCCAGGCGAUUGGAGGCUCGAUUGACUGCUGUCUGCCAUGCCCCAUGACAGAUUGGGUAUAUCCAGACAGCUUCUCCACCAUAGGAACCGUGGCCAACUGGAUCGCAACCGUCAGCGUCAUCUGCUGUGUUUUCCUGCUGCUAUCAUGGGCAGUGUUGCCUGUGGACAAGACCAAUCGCCAUUACCUGAGCAUCUGUUUCACACUGGGUAUCUUGAUUAUGAAUAUGGGCUUCGUCAUUCCGCUCGCAGCUGAGCCGGACCAAUGCUUUGAUACCAUCACCCCAAAUGACAUGCACACCUUGAGCGUCUGUGGAGCGUCGGGCGCUAUGCUGAUGUUUGGAGGCUGGUGUGGUGUCAUGUGGGCGUUCCUUCGCUCUUUAUCUCUUCACCUGCAGAUCUGCUGGCAAGUUCUCGUGGGCCGCAACUUUAUGGUUUUUGCCCAAGCCGCCGGAUGGGGCAUCCCCAUCAUCGGCCUUGUUCUCGCCUUGGUCUUCAGUGGCGUGUCCUUCCGUUUUGGCGCAACAUGCCAUAUUAACCACAAGAACAGCUUGGCAGACUUUUGGAUCCCGCUUCUCAUCUUUGCCAGUAUCACGGUUGUCACGACAUUCGCCACCUUUGGCUACUGCAUCAAGGUUUACCUGGCCUCUCUGAACGACAACGCCGCCUCGACCGAAGGAUCUAGCCUUCCGGCUUACUCAAACAGUGUUGUCACCAUGUCUCCGCGCCAGGCCUAUCGCCGUGUCAAGAGAGUGAUUGCGCUUCAAUGGCGAGGCAUCGCUAUUGUCCUCAUCAUUAUUGCCGAUGUCAUCUUCUUCUCCGUCGUCUUCGUCUUUCAGGAUAACAUUGUUCAAUCCAUUGCCACUGAUCCCCAUGUGGCCCAGAAUUGGAUCGUGUGUCUUAUUGGAGCACAGGGUGACAAGACAAAAUGUCUCAACCAAGCUGGCUCUCUAGUCGUCAGCGAAGCGACAGUCUCUGCCGUGCUUGUGCUACUUGCUUUGAACGGAAUCUGGAUCCUGUUUUUGCUUGGUCGAUGGACCAUGGUUACCGGCUGGAUUGAUUUGGUAAAGUCUCCUUUCAACAGUGGAAAGAAGGAAUUCGUAUCGGUGGAUGCCCGAUAUGAUGGCAAAAAUGAUAUACGUUCGUACGAGAUGCUCUCCAGAGAUACGAGCGCCGUGGUAACACCACUUUCUCCAGUGAAAUCCUCAGCGACCCCUAGCGCCCCCGACUACUUCGGCGAAACAGCUAGGUACAACGCACCGGCACGAUCCUACUCGAACCCGCGACCACCGCAAGGCUCUGUGCCAGAGUGGAAUGCGCAGCAAACUUACGCACCGCCGCAAUCCCGCGAGCCGAUGAACCCAUUGGCCAUGAACCGCAUAUAA